AUUCAGGCAAAUCAGGAGCGGGGUAAAUCUGGAGAAAUUACAAAGGGGAGGAGUUCACCUUCCUGCUAUGGCUUUCAGGUCUGUCCUGGAGUACUUACUCCAGUAUAAAACUGAGAGCAGAAAUAUGAUCACAUCCUGAGGAGUCUAAUCAAUUCUGGUCCCAACACUGAGCCUGUUUAAAACAGAGAAUGGAAUUGCUGUUCCUUGCUCUGUUCUCUCUGCACAUUCUCAGGACAGACGCAGUAGUGGGGAGCCACUGGUGUUACCGGUCCCAGAAGUGUGAACACCCGGACUGUGAAGAUCCUCACCAGUGGCACCUGACAGAUCCUGCCUGCAAAGGGGACAGGCAGUCCCCCAUCAACAUUGUCACCAGAGACGUCGUUUAUGACAGGAGCCUCAAGCCUCUGACCUUUGAGGGAUAUGAUGGGAAGGGGUCUUCAAAGUGGAAUGUAGAAAAUAAUGGACAUACAGUGAAGGUAACACUGGAUGCAUCCCCCAAAAUUGGAGGUGGAGGUCUGGCAAGGAAAUACAAGGCAGUGGAAUUCCAUUUGCACUGGGGGGUCCCAAGCAUGCAGCAAAGCAGCCCAGGAGUGCAGCAAUACAUCCCUGGCUCAGAGCACAGCAUAGAUGGGGAGAAAUACGCCAUGGAGCUGCACCUUGUCCACAUCAGAGAAGAUGUUCCCAACGUAGCAGAAGCCAAGAAGUACAAGGAUGGUUUGGCUGUGCUGGCCUUCUUUAUAAAGGUUGACGAGGAAAAUAAAAAUUACGCAACUCUACUGAAUGAAUUAGAGAAUAUCCAAUACAAAGGGCUAUCAGCACAGAUCGAUCCUUUGCCACUGAGUUCCCUUCUCCCGCCCAAGGAAGAGCUUGGGAGGUACUAUCGGUAUGAGGGCUCCCUCACCACCCCUGACUGCUUCGAGGGUGUCAUCUGGACAAUAUUUGAGAGGCCAAUUGAACUCAGUCUUCUCCAGCUCUCCUACUUUGCAGCUCUGCACUUUGAUGGGAAGAACUCAACCCACAUGAUCGAAAAUUUCCGGCCCGUCCAGCCCCUGCACGAGCGCAAGGUGUCCUGGUCCAGCGCCAGCACCGUCCUGCCCCCGGCAAAGCUCCUCCUGCUGCUCCUCACGCUCACCUUCUUCCUGAGCUCUCCUUCCCAGUGAACAUUUCUCACCUCAGUCAACAUUCUGCUCUUUUUUUUUUUUUUUCCCCCUUUUUUUUUUGGUUAUUCUCACUGUUGUUGGCUCUUUGUAUCGAGUAGCCUCUCUAAUUACCAACUCGUGACCCGUAUCUCAGUGCAGGAUGUAACCUUGUCCUCCUCCAGGCAUUGGCCAGGGACUGUGCUGCUCUUACAGAAAAUGAAACCCGUUGCACUAAGCCACCAGAACCCAAAGGAACCGUAAGAUAAAGCUGCGGAGCUUCACUUUCAAAAUAAACCAACCCAGAACACUCAGAGGAAACCUUAGGAUGGCUUGGGAUGGAUUAUCUGCAGACCUGUAGUUUUAACACACCACUGGAAGGACACUUGACAAGGUGCACAGAGGACCUUCAAGAGGAACCUGUUCCUAAGUGCCUGUGAAGGGGUUUGUUUGGAGGAUGUUUACACUCAAACCUGGCAGUCAUUCCUCUAAUCCCACACUGGGAAAAACGCUCCCACCCAGCGGAGCAACACGUGGGUCACCCCCACACGGGACAAACCUCACCUAACACAACCCCCUCUCCCUGCAGAGGGGCCGAAUCACUUCCCAAAGGAUGCUGGAUUCCUCUCACCUGCUCUCCCAGCUCUGCCUUUCAGCUUUCUCUGUUAUUUAUUCAGCCCAGGGCCGACCUGAUGUGCCACAGAGCAGCAGGGAAGCUCCUCCCCACGGACCAGGGGCACAUCCGUGGAAAUUCCCUCUCUUUGGAGGGCUGCAUUUGAAGUGUGGGACUCUGAUGAUCCUUUACAGUUUUUAUCUGACUAAUAAAAUGGGACAGCUGAAGAAAUGGCUCUUUCUUAUAUAUAUUUCUUUUAUAUAUAUAUAUAUAUUUCUUUUAUAUAUAUAUAUAUAAUUUUUAAUAACAAUAUUCACAUAUGGCAAAGACAGUUUUUCCAAGAAGAUUGUGAUUUGAACUGAUACCUUCAGAUCUUACCCAGUUACUUACAGAAAAGAUCUUGGUGGAUGGGGUUUCCUUGUGUUAUAACACGUUAUGGCUUCUUUUAGAAAUUUAGAUUUUGGCCACACCAAAAUAGGAUUUCAUAGUAGCAGACUUGUAUUUUUUUUUCUUUAGGGCAGUGUUUGCACAGAUUACUUUAUACUACAGUUAUAUGGCCAUUUUCAGGAAAAUCCUGGCAGUGAGAGUAACCACAGCUCACCAAAGCAGAAAAAACGGGGGGCGACUAUUUUCAUAUUUAUCAAUCAAUAAUAUAAGCUUUAAAAACACACAUGGGAAAGCAAAUCCACCUAUUUAAUGUUUAAAGGAAUGAUUGAUACUUAAAGUGUAUUUUUAUGUAACAGAAAAACUUUUGAGGAGCAAACAUAAACAAAAUAUUAAAGUUGAA